AGUGAACGGGCGGGCGGGAGCCAAGCCGCGCAGUCCUGAGUAUUCCGCUUCAAUCCAACGAUAUCGCAUCGACGACACAUAUCAAAAUGGCCUCCACACCCGCUGACCUUGUCUGGGAGAUUGUCCGCAGCCAGAACUCCUACCUCGUCAAGAGGAAGAGCGGCGGCGGCGUCCAGUUCUCCCGCGACCCCCUGAACCUCACCAACCUUCACAGCCGCAAGUAUGCCGGUUUCGUGAACGACAAGGCCAUCGGUGUUGUCCCCAACGAGAAGGGUGGCGUCAAGGUCAUCAGCAAGAAGGCUGCUGAUGUCCAGAAGCCCGCCAAGUGCACCACCUCGACCACCUUCCACGGUGGCAAGACCUCCCGCAGCACCUACAAGGCUAUUGCCAACCAGACCGCCAAGAACGGCUACCGCCCCGACCUCCGCGCCGCCGCCGUCUCCCGCGCCUCUGCCAUCCGCCAGUCCCAGCGCGAGAAGAAGCCCGAGCCCGAGAAGAAGGUUCGUGGCAAGAAGGCCGCCGCUGCGGAGUCCUCGUAAGCGCGACACAGAAAUGUGUGGCGACCAUGCGGACGGGAGUCAAGGACAAGACGAAUUAGUUUGGACGAGGAUCUAAUGCGCCGCAGCCCAAAAGAAAGGGCCAGCAUGCGAUACAAAAGACCUGUCCCGGCGGAUAGUCAAAAUAAAUGAAUACGCUGAAAUAUCGAAGCAGACUCCGUGCAGCACGCGA